UUUGAGUCCUCGAUCUCGCUGCCCCACAUCCCGUUCGAGCUCGGUCUUGGUCGCCAUGGGCGCAGCGACGCUCUCCCCGGCCGUCUGCUGCCACUGUUGCUCUUCUUCUUCCCGACCCAAGGCGUCGGCGCUUCUCAUCGCGUCCCCUCGCCGUGUCAGGAUUUGUCCCAAACGCUCACCUUUGUCUCACCUCCUUCGGUCGAUCCCCGGACUCGGCCCCGGUCUCCUCUCGCCCUGGAGUAGUCUGAAGCAGCUCGGCUCCUUUGUGCCUCCGCGAAAGCACGCCCGCAAAGACAAGGGAAAUUGUCAUGGUAAAGUGGUUUAUGCUUCUUUGUUUGGAGUGGGAGCUCCUGAAGCUUUGGUUAUUGGAGUGGUGGCUUUGCUGGUAUUUGGUCCUAAAGGCCUAGCUGAGGUAGCACGAAACUUGGGAAAGACCUUGCGAGCUUUCCAGCCAACAAUUAGGGAGCUUCAGGAUGUGUCAAGGGAAUUCAAGAGCACCCUAGAGCGGGAGAUUGGACUUGAUGAGGUUGCAUCCUCUACAAACUACAUUAAUAAGUCUGCCUUGUAUGCUGAUGAAAAACAGCAAGCUUCAGUUGAUCCAAAUGGCAAGCCUUCAACUGGAUCAUAUACCAGUGAAGAACUUUUGAAGGUCACAGAAGAGCAGCUGACUGCAUCUGCAGCCAUAUCUCAAGCAGAGGCACCAACACCUGCUGAACAACCCCAAGAAUCCACCUCAGAAACUUUAGCUGCAACAACUUUGGAAGAAACAAACCCUACUCAGGCUGAUGCUCAGGUACAAUCAUCCGAGAAAGCAGAGAACCAGAAAUGAAAAUGAUGCAGAUGGAUUGGAGGGAACCUCUGCUGAACAUUGGGUCUUUCUUGUGAGACAUGGAAGCUCUCCAUUGGGGAGAUGGUGAACAGCUAAGUGAAGUUUUGUAAUCUAAAAUUUUCUUUCUUAAUACAUGACUGCCUCAUGAUUCUUUUGAUAUUAUCAUGAUAUCCAAAAACACUCCUUUUCUUACACCA